AUGGGGAGAGGCAAGAGCGGAAAGUCGUCCGCCACCGCCGGCACCCGGAAGAAGCACGCGGCGGCGGCUGCAGCCAAGCGCGGAGAAUCUGCGGAUGGUGCUCAGCCCCGGUCUGCCACACAAGCGCCCACCAACUCGAGCGGCAAGAAGCUCUCGAAGAAGGAGCGCAAGCAACUUGCGAAGAAGAAGGCGUAUAAGCCACCGCCCAAGCCACCGCAGCCGCCGCCAUACCCACUGGAUUCAAUGGGAUUGGCAAGUCUCCUUCCCGCGGACUUGGUCGUACUUCUCCGCAAAGCUCUAAAGAAGGACAUUGUGACUCGUGUGCGCACGCUUGAGAGUCUCUUGGCCUGGAUCCAGGGGGCGCCAUCGUCCGGCGAUGACGCUGCAGCACAGCCUAUCUCACUGGGAGAGAGGAACGAUGCUCUGGUUCUCAUGCUUCCGUGUUGGGUCUUUCUAUUCCCCCGCCUUGCUCUCUCGCCCUCGCAACGGCUGCGUCAGCUCACCCUACAAGUGCAUUCCGAACUGCUUCACUUUCCCGUACCGUAUGAGAAUGCUACUUGCAUCCGGGAGGAGCUUCUAUCGCCUAUGUACAUGGAGCCUAUCCUUGGCUACUGGGGCGUCAUGUCAUUCGAUACCAGCCGCUCAGUCGCACGACUGGGGUCACAGCUGUGGAAAGAAAGUGUAAGGCUGGCACCCACGGACUCGGACUCGUGCCAUAUUGUCCUUGACGACUACGUCUCCGUGCUGCUAGAGCACUUGAACCCGAUCUUGUGCUCGGACAUGCCUGUGGCAUCGUUGGCCCAGCUGACGCCCUCUCUGCAAAUUACACCUGCUUCCAAGGAGGGCGCCGAGUUUGACGCAAAGAGCCGCGACGAUACAAACGUGGACGAAAAUGCCGAGGAGAUGAAUGGCCGUCUCGUUGCGGGCGCUCUGGGUCUGUUGCAGUGGAUGGCCGAGUCCUCACCGUCCAUCACGGCUGAGGACCUGGAGUCCCUCGUUGCUUCGCCGCAGCUGUGGACAGCACUUAUGCCCAAGGAGGCCGCAGACGAGGGCCAAACUGUGCUGGGAAGUGGCUCGCCUGUGGCCCGGCAGCGCGCUUGGGCGUGGCUCGGCUAUUUGGACCGCACGCACGCCUCCCUCCUGGAUCAGAAUCUCGAUAUGAUUGCAGGGGCCGCCUUCCCCAGUGCCUGGUCAGAAAGGUUAGAGGGUGUCAUUGCUAGUAUGCUGGGAACGUUCCUUCCGCUACUCAAGCGACGCCCUGAUGCAUGGCUCCUCCAAGCUUCCUCAGCUAACUCGGAUUCUGACUCUGACGACGAUACCGACAGCGUCGAGAACGACGAGGAUAGCGAGGCGGAUCCGUCUGCUGAAAAGCCAUUGGGCUUACCCGGUUUUAUGCAAUGGAUCCAGUACUCUGCGCCUAGGGCCCCGACGAUCUGUUUCCCUGCUGUGCUGGUGUUCUUGUCCACCAUACCAGAGUCGGCUCUCCCACGCAACCCUACCUCGAUGCGGACUUGGACGGGGCUCCUACUUAACAUCGCUGAUCAGCUUGUCCUGGGUGUUAGCGAUCCACGAACAUGGCGUAUCUACACGUCUACUGUGUGCGAGUGCUUGGAAUACUUUGUACGGCAGAUCAUCCGCCGUGAUGAUGCCGACGAACACACCACCCAGGAGAUCAGUGACGUGCUCACGUCGGAGCUCGAGGUCCUAUGGACCACAUGGAUUGCCUCGCCACCUCGUGAUACAUCGGAGACGCCGAUUCGCGCUAUUCCAUCACGGAUUCGUAUGCUCAUGGCGCAAGAAGUCGGCAAGUUUAUGCCAAGAAUGGACGUUCAUGCGCAUGGCAUUUGGGUGCUCCGUUCUCUGGCGGCUUUACUAGAGACCUUUGUGGCACAAAUGGAUCUUGACGCGGAUGGCGAAGUGGUCAUGGCCAUGAUUGCAGAGAGUGCCAAGGGCGCCACCGCCGAGCUGCAGGAUGCGUUGGUACGCAUGACACACACCCUGGUCGAGCGACUUCUCGAUCCGUUUGUGCCGUCUCGCCUAUCGCUGAUCACGAAGCUGCUCUCCGCUCCUCUCCGUGAGCACCUAGAGGCUAUGGGUCUAACUGAGCGCAUGGAGGUGCUUGCCUCAGAUGUUAUUCCGAGCCACCUCGGCACGGAUGUGAACAUCUCUGAUGCACAGGCCUUCUACCUGGCGUACAUGGCACUGGGCAACCAGGUCGGUCCUACAUGGCAUGUGCUCUUCCGCACUGCUGCCCAAGCUCCGACGAUGGCCCUCCCAUUGCUGGCGGGCGUUGCUUCUGCGACCUCAGAGCCGCCCCCACCCGAGACGGUGCAGGCGUGGCACGAGAACAUUGCGCAGUCUGUGGCCCAAGACCCUUACGCUUGGCACAGUCUGCUCGAGGCGCCCCAUGCGCUCACGACUGCUUCGAUGGAGACACUCCUUUUGCAAGCGCUUGUCCAAGCGGCGCAAGAUCAGCCUGCAAAGCAACUCGAGGCUUGGGACACGCUCGCCACUUGGGUGCAACGGGACUCAGCGCGAUCUCGGCGCUUUGUUGAAGACCCAGCCCUUGCGCCUCUUGCGUCGGCUCUGUUCCAUGCCGCCUUUCUCGCAGAGACCGAGGAUGCAGGCGCGCCCCGCUCGCUCUGGGCGCAGCUAACGGCUCAUGCCGGGCCGCGUGCCACAGCGUUGUACGAGCAGGCCGUCGAAGCUCUGGGAGCGGCUUUAGAGGGCAGCAAUGUGCCUCUGGCGCGUUUAAGUGCAGCGGCUCGCGCUCUGCCUGAUGCAUACGGGCGCCAAAUAUGCCCGACUGCCUCGGAUCUUCAGGACGCUAUGCAUGGCGUCGCUCUGUCGGUGCCCAGUCCUCUCCUUGCCCUUACGGAUCCUGUUGUGCCCAUUGUUGCGGACGGGUCGCCUGCGUCCACAGAGAGCCUUGCACGCCUGGCGCGAGUCGUGGAAAUGGGCAUGGCGAUGCAGGCAGAUCAGGCUGUGCAGCCAACGGCUCUGCUUCCACCCAUUGUGCUCACGGCGCUCGUGUUGGAAGAUGCACUGUUAACGGGCGAUGAGGCAAUGGGCCUCGCACUUUGCGGUACUCCCCCUGCGGCAUGGGUCACCACGGCGCAGCAGCAGUUGGUGCGCUAUGUGCACGCCGUGACUCGCCUCUUGUCCACUGUCACAGCGGACCUGCGUGAUGGAUGGCAUAACUCGGCGGCAGUCGCUAUGGGCCGCACUGAGUCGGGCGAUCCGUUGUUGCACAUGUUCCAAGCUUUAUGGCUGCAAGCGAAAGAGACACAGUCGGUCAUGUAUGCACGUCUGUUUGCACGUCUCCUUGCAGGUGUACUGUCCAUGAGCUCAGCCACUCAAAUGGACGCGGAGCGCUGGGUCCGCGCGGGGAUGAACCUGCGACAGCCCUCACUGCCUCUAGCGCGGGCUGUUUUGGCCGCUACGACUUUGCGUGCCUUUGAUUCGCCCGCACACGACCGUUGGCGCAAUGACUUGGCUGCGACACUUACUGGAGUCCCUGCCGCGCGGGCCCACACAGACGGCGCGCCGCUGCUGCAAGCGCUUAUGUGUGCCACGGCUCCUGCUGAGGCCGGGAAGGCAUUGCUUCCCACACACAGGGCCGUUCAACUGGCCCAGGUGCUGCAGCGAUGGGUCGAGAGCGAGGAGGAAUACCCACAAGAUGUACUAGCUCUCUCAGCUGCUGUGCUCGCGGAACUUGCGCCUGUCUUGCAGAGUGUGCCUGGCCGACACCUCGAGGGCAUGCUGGUGCUUGCCCAUGAAAGCUUGGAGACGUUGGACUUGACAGGCAUCCGCCACUGGCCUGCGCUGAGCCAAAGCCUGCAUCUGAUCGAUACACUGUACGGAUUGCAGUCGAAUGAGCUAGUGAGCCAGGUUCUGCGGACUCAGGCUGAGACAAUCCACGGCUUGCUCAGUGCCUUGUUUUUGGACCUGUGCCAAAUUGCCGUGGAGCGCCGCCUGCCUUUGGGCCCCAUCACGUCCGAGGGGGUGGAUAUGCUCAUACGCCUGGUGGAAUCGCAUGUGCCAGCCACGGCCUUUUCAUCGCCCGACGAUCAGCAGGACUUGAUCAAGUUUGUGAGUACACCCUCCCUCUACACGCCCUUGCAGGUCGUAGCGCUACGCCUCUACAGCGGAGCUACGCAGGAGCGCGUGCGAGAGCAGGUGGUCGAGUUGUCGAUGGGAUCUUUAAGCUCGGCAUCCGCGGCACCUGAGCUGGAUCCUGCCUUGCUCGAUCGUCUGCGUGCCACAGCGCCUCUGACGCUGGCCAUCUGGCAGGAUGAUGCGCGGGAGCGCCAAUCGCGUGUUUUUGCCUUUCUGCUACAAUGGCUGGCGCUUUUGGAUCACUUUGUGGAAGCGUCACUGGCACUGCGCUCGCUGUUUGCCAGCACGCUGAAGCAGCAUGAGCUCACCAGCAAUGUCUUGUUGCCCAGUCUUUUUGCACUGAUCGGCGGUGCUCCCCGGGUGAUUCCUACACUGGAUGGGUCGCGCUGGUCCAUGGAAGAGAUACAUGUGGAUCAGCUCGACCCAGCGCAGCCGCGCAGCCUGCAGGUACUCGCUGCCCACGUGUAUGUCCGGACGCUGGUACAUCUGCCUACGCAGGUUCGCGACUGGUGGCUCGGUAUUCGCGACCGCCAGCUGUCGAUGUUUGUGAGCCACUUUACUGUCAAAUAUUGCACGCCCCUGUUGGCCGAGCGCGAGCUCCGCCACCUGCGCCAGCCUAGUGCGCUAGCGCAACUGCAGGACGAGGCCAUGACUGUGAAGGUUUUAUCGUCGAAUGAAGUGGUCGCGACGUACACUGUUGACGAGCAUCCUAUGGAAAUCGGUGUGCGUCUUCCACCUGACUAUCCAUUACACGGUGUCGAGAUCCGCGAUAUCAAGCGCGUGGGAGUGAGUGAAGCACAGUGGCGCGCAUGGCUCCUCGCUGUGCAGCAGCUGCUUAGCGGUAAGAAUGGGCUUAUUUUCGACGCGCUGAGCCUCUUUAAGAAGAAUGCUGAGGCCAAGUUCCAGGGCUAUGAAGGCGCCGAGUGUGCGAUUUGCUACUCGAUCAUUACCAUGCAAAACAUGCAAGCACAAGUUCCAUGGAAGCUGCCUGUACAAGUGGGUUAG